CUAAUUUCAACCAAUCAGAGGUCUCUAAUAAUAGCUAAUGACCUUGAUCAUCUGACCAUUAGGAAAAGUACCAAAACACAGAAUUGUAUAGGCAUCUGUGCAUCUAUUGAUUUCUCUUUUUUUUGGUUUGGAUUUACCGGUUCAUCUACACCCACAUGAAUUCCUAAAUACAUUCAUCUGUGACAUGUAUAUAUACAAAUAAAUGUUAGUAUAUUUCUAAUGUUCAGUAUAUAAUUGAAGAAACAUAAAUCGUUAUUCGCAUGUUAUAAUACACAAACAAUGCUACUUUAUCUAAAAUUCACGAUCUACAUUCACCUUCUAGUGUACAACUUCUUGAAUAGCCUUCAAUGUGUACAGUUACCAGAAUUAUGUACAACUCUUACAGUGAAUUUGCAAAGUCGUAUAGGCAUACAUCGAAAUGGAAUGACAAUGAUGAUGAAAGCCUUAAUGCCAUCGUCAUCAGCGUCAACAUCUUCACCAUCCGUUGAACAAGAACUACUUCAGCAUCAAGAUAAAAUGAUGAUGAUGAAUGAUAAUGGCUUUGAAUUACGUCUGCGUCGUGUCGAUGAUGGUGUUAUGAUAGAUGAAUGGUAUGAACAAGGACAAAGAUAUUAUGUUGUUUUGACAAAUCGAUUUUAUUCAAUAGGCUUUCGUGAUGCAUUAAUGUGGAUUGAACAAGGUUUAAAUAAAGAAAAGAAAAUGAUGAAAAUGAUGGGUAUGGAGAUGAAAACUGACAGUAAAUCAAUAUUUGGACAAGAAAAUGGUAAUACAUUAACAGAUCAGAAAGAGGAUUGUUCUUUCCGUGAUUUAGGCGAAUGGAUUCAUUUGUCUAAAGGUGAUUUAACUAAACCUGAUAUCGCAGAGCUACGCUCACCAAUGACAUCCGUGACACAGGCAAGACUUGGAUGUGAAGGGUUGAUAGCUGAAAAACUCAGGCGUACAGAGAAACUUAUUACUAAAAUGAUUGCUAUAUGGAAAGCACCGGUGGAUAGAAAAUGUGGUUGUAUUACUAUCAAUGCAGCUGUACAAACACAUCAUAUACACACUGAAAUAUACUCAGCUAUUGGUGGAUUAACUAAGACACUGUGUCCCAGUUCUAAACGUCCUCCAAGUCCAGUUCUUCCAGCUUAUAUGAUGCCUAGAAGUGCUCAGAAAAGUAUUGGUGGUAGUAGUAGCGGCAGUACCUCUACAACAGAACAAACAUUGAAACUAUCAAAUGAUGCAUCCAUGCAUUUGGAUAGUAUGCAACCUCAAGAUUGUUGUGCCUGUGGAUCAGCCACUUACAAACUCACUUUCACUGGACUAUGGACUAAAAAAACUCAUCCAAAAGAUUGGCCUGUACACAAUCCUGGAGCAUUACAUUGGACUAAUAUUAUCGGUGCAAGUCAUACACCAAGUUUUCAGAUAUAUCGUAUAGGUGAACCAGCCAGUGCUGGAGUACAAGCUGUUUGUACCUAUGGUGAUACAACUGUAAUCAAGCAAUCUCUUGGUAUUGCUGCUACUAAUACCGGCUCGUUGGGUGGUGUCCCUUCAGGAACACAAAGAGGAUCGACUGGUGUUGGCCCAUUACUUAGUUUUGUUUCUGCCCCAGGGAUGUGGGGUGAAGAAACACUUGAAGAGACACGGACAACAUAUGUUGCAGUGAAUAGAACACAUCCGUUGAUUUCAUUUUUAACAAUGCUUGGUCCAAGCCCAAAUUGGUGUUCAGGUAUUUCAGGUCAGUCAGUAUGUCAAGCAGAUUGUACUUGGGUGAAAAAAAUUGAAAUUGAUUUAUUCCCAUGGGAUGCUGGUGUUCGUAAUGGAGAUACAUAUCUGCCUAAAAAUGCUGACAGUAAGGAUGUUCCAGAGCCUAUACGUUUUAUCACUAAAGAUUGGAUGCCAAAUAAUCCAUUCAGUGAAGGUGUCCCUGUUGCACGUGUAGUACUUGAACGUGUAUUACCAACUGAAUCAUGGCAGUGUACAUCAAAGUUACACGAUGGAGUUGAAGUUUUUAAUUCAGAUGGGAGUACAGAAACUGUAGGCAUGAAAUCUAACACGUCAGAUAAUAGACAUUCACCUAUGGUUCAAUCGGUUAUUGGAGAUUUAACUGGAACAUUACCAAAAAAGUCUAGAAAUAAGGGAGGAACUACUGGAGGUGGAGGUGGUGGUGCUGGCGGAGGACAAGGCGGAACAAGAAUAACUAGUGGAGGACUUGGUGGAGAUAACCCACUGUCAGAUCCAAGUUUAGCACAAAUGGCAACAUUUCUAUGUAUUACUGAUACAUGGUCAGCAUGGGGACCUUGUUCAGUGACUUGUGGUGUUGGUCGUCGAACUAGACAACGUGCUAUGCUGAUCAAUAAAAAGACGGAGCUUUGUCAACAUGUUCCACUGAUAGAAGAGGAAUCAUGUGAUGGUCGAAAGCGUACCUGUGAUUUUAGUGCCCCAUGCAGUUUAUUACCCUGGACCGCCUGGACACCAUGCAAUGCAACCUGCGAUCAUCCAAACGGUCGACAAACACGUACACGGUAUUUAGCUCGACCAGCAGAGAAACACGAUUGCGCUCAUUUAUUCAGAACUGAAACAGAGGUGAACAAAGGUAUGCUACAAGAGAUAAGAGACUGCCAACCAAAAGAUACUGACUGUGAUCCAGCGACAAUUUGUGCCGAGGGCAGAAAAGAUGGUUUGGUAUGCGGGGAAAAAGUUCUAGCCUAUUAUUACAGCGCUGUUGAACACGCUUGCCUACCGUUUAAAUAUUUAGGCUGUAAAGGUGGACGAAAUCGAUUUGCAACUAAAGCAGCUUGUGAACAGCUUUGUAUACCAGCUGUAGAAGCAUUGCCGAAGUGGCGACGGGAACGUAUGGCUUUACUACAGUAUCAAACAGCACAACUUGCUAUGGAUAGUGAUGAUUUUAAAAAACAACAACAGCAACUUGCACCAGCUAAUCAUUGUUCUGAAGUAAUGAAUCCUGGUUACACAUGUGCUAAUGGUAAAUCGCCGGAAAAUAGAUGGUAUUUUUCUACACGUCUUAGAAGAUGUCGUGAUUUUGAAUAUCGCGGUUGUGGUGGUAACAAAAACAAUUUUGAAACUUAUCAAGCCUGUUUAGCCGAUUGUCUCCCUUUAGAAAUGGAAAAAUUACGUCAAAUCAAUAAAGCACGUUUAGCUAGCGCACGAAGAUUUACAAAUAAUACAAUCAUGAAGCCAGAUGACGAUGAUGUCUCUUCCACUGCGUCUGCGUCCAUGUCUAAAGAUGACACUGACACCGACGACAAUGAUGACAGUCUGAGUAAAAUGGAACGUCAAAAAAUCGAUGAUAUGUGGGGUCCAAAACAAGACUGUAUACUGACUGCUUGGAGUGGUUGGAGUCCAUGUUCAGUGGCUUGCUCGUAUGAAGCAGGUUCACAAAUGCGAUGGAGACAUGUUGAAAAACCUGCAAUGCAUGGUGGUAAAUCGUGUGGAAUGCUUUUUGAGAAACGUGAAUGCCAUGGAAGUUUAUGUUGACAGGGUAUUUUGUUUUGAGGAAUAAACAAAAUAUUGUAAAUUUAUUCUCUAUCAUCUUAAGACAAAUAAUCAAUACUACUCACUUAGUGAAUAAUCAGAAAAUGGACUGAUCAUUAUUCAUCCGGAGAUGAGUAUUUAAUUACUUUAUUGAUUCAAAUAUUUAAUUGUUAUCAUCAAAAUUUUCCUUUGCUUCUGCUUUUAUCCUAUAUUGUACUGUACUGUCGUCUAAUAAGCGGAUGCUUUAAAAAAAUUUUAAUCGAUUUGUGUACUAUCCAUGCAUAAUUUAAUUAAUUAAUUAAUUAAUAAGUA